UUUCUCUCUCUCCUUUUUUUACUUCUACCCCAUUCUCCUUCUCCUUCUCCUCCCUGUCUGCUUUUCUACUUGAUCUCUACCACAGACUCUCCAAUCCAAGAACUGGAUCUUUGAUCAUUCGACAAUGGCGGUCUGUCAGCCGGCAUAUGAGGAUUUCCGUCGACAGAGAUUGGAAGAAAACAAGAAAAGGAUGGAAGACCUCAAUCUCACUAUGCUCUCUCAGACUUUGCGAAAUGCCUCUCCCAAGCCAUCCCCUGUCAAGUCGGGGAAGCCACGGGUGGUUAGGAAAGAAGCGGGUCUUGUUAAAGUUCGGAGAUCGUCUCGUGUCGCAAACAAACCAGCUCCGAUUUAUAAGGAAGCAGUGGUUGAAUAUGUGGAGAGGCCUAGAAGCUACAAGCGCAGGUCUUUGCUCAAUAGAGUAUAUGCUUCAGAUGAAGCUAGAUCAUAUGCUAUAGAGAAAGCAAAUGAAGUUCAAUCAAAUCUGGAGCCUGAAUUUCCAAGCUUUGUAAAGCCCAUGCUCCAAUCCCAUGUUACUGGUGGGUUUUGGCUGGGGCUUCCUGUGCAAUUCUCUAAGUUAAACUUACCAAGACACGACGCUACAGUUACUUUAGUUGAUGAAAAUGGGGAUGAGUACCCUACAGUAUAUCUGGCCCAGAAGACCGGGUUGAGCGGUGGAUGGAGAGGUUUCUCUCUCGCUCACGAUUUGGUUGAUGGGGAUGCUUUGGUUUUCCAAUUGGUUAAGGCUACGAUAUUUAAGGUCUUCAUAAUAAGGGCAAGCGGUUUAGAAUCUGAGGAUGAUUUGGAUGUUGGUCCGAAACGAAUCAAUGCAGGUACUUUCAAUGGCCUCGUUUGCCACCCUUUUCAUGGGUAUUAGUGUCAAACAACCACUUGCUUUAAAAGCUCAAGCCAUCAGAGGAUGGCAUAUCAAUGUAUAUGAAGGGACCUUAACACUCGGUAUAUCAAUGUAUAUCAAGGAAUUUUAACACUCCCACGCACGUGCUGGGUGG